UCUCAUAGCUCACAUUACAUGAGCAUUGAGCUUAGCUUUCAGCCAACUUUCGUCUCUUUUAUUUUCUCAGUAUUUUGAGGUUUCUUCUUUGGCAGGGGUACCACCACGUUCCCUCCCCCACAACCUAAAUGAUCUUUCUUGCUUCGGUUAGUCGCGAUCCAAAGACAACAUGCACGAGUUUCUGCUCCCCUCGUUUGUUCUGUAGGUCAAGUAUGAUUUCUGCCUGAUUUCACUUUCGUUCCUAGCAUCGGAGAAAGUGUUUGAAUGGUAUAGAUUUGCAAUUUCGAUAGAAUCGUCCCAAUGGGCCUUCUAGAUCUAUUUUUUGUAGCGUCCAUCCCGGUUUUGAAAGUACUACUAUUGACGGCACUUGGGUUAUGUCUAGCACUGGAUCGAAUCGAUGUCCUGGGGGAGAAUGCAAGGAAGCAAUUGAAUACCGUGGUCUUUUUUGUGUUCAAUCCGGCAAUUGUGAGUAGCAACCUGGCUAAAACAGUAACUCUUGAAAGCGUUGUUAGUUUGUGGUUCAUGCCAUUCAAUGUUCUCAGUACAUUCUUAAUUGGCUCUGCACUAGGAUGGAUACUGGUGAAAAUCACAAGACCGCCCCGACAUCUGAAGGGCCUCGUAUUGGGUUGCUGCGCAGCAGGAAAUAUGGGAAAUUUGCCUCUAAUUAUCAUCCCAGCAGUCUGUAAAGAGAAAGGCAGUCCAUUUGGAGCACCCGACGUCUGCCAUAAAUAUGGAAUGGAAUAUGCUUCACUUUCUAUGGCUAUUGGGGCCAUUUAUCUGUGGUCUUAUGUAUACAACAUUGUGCGGAUUUUCUCAAGGUCCGUCAACGAAAAAGACAACACAGCUGAAUUUACAAGCAAAAUGAACCCUGGUGGGGGAACAGCAGAAAUACUCCACGGGAGUUGCUCAGAAGAACUUCCUCUAAAAAACUGCUCCAUCUCUGUGGACUAUGCAAAUAAAUGUAUGCUUCCUUCCGAGGCAAAAAUGAAGGUACCGAUCUUAUAUGCUAUUAAAAACAGCUUAAGGAUGUUUGCAAGAAAGAUCAAUCUAAGGGCCUUGUUUGCACCUUCAACAACUGGAGCGAUGAUCGGGUUUAUCAUUGGUAUAGUUCCGCAGAUCCGGAAGUUCAUAAUUGGUGGUACCGCCCCUCUACGUGUGAUUCUGGAUUCUGCUUCUUUUCUGGGCGAAGCAGCCAUCCCAACUCUUUCUCUAAUAUUAGGAGGAAACCUUCUUAAAGGCUUGAAAGGAUCAGGUGUUCUGCAGUGGCUCAUUAUUGGCAUCAUAGCAGUUCGGUAUAUUUUCCUGCCUCUCUUGGGCAUAGUCAUUGUUAAAAGUGCACUACGUUUUGGUUUAGUUCACUCUGAUCCAUUGUAUCAGUUUGUUCUUCUACUUCAAUAUGCACUUCCACCAGCAAUGAACAUAGGCACAAUCACCCAAUUGUUUGGAGCUGGCAAGAGUGAAUGUUCUGUUAUCAUGCUGUGGACAUAUGGCUUGGCGUCGAUUUCCUUAACACUUUGGUCAGCUUUCUUCAUGUGGCUCGUUGCUUGAUCUGCAACAAAAAUGCUCAACAACAAGAAUGGGUUAUUAGUAUAUAUGUAACUCUAGCCCCUUUAAUCCCAGCAGGUAGAGGUUGCUAGAGUACUUAAUUUACCUGGCCUGAGGAGCUAUGCCAGGAAUUUUAGACAGCAAUAUUUUACAAAGUACUAUACAUAUAUAUAUAUAUAAAUAUAUUAUAUAAUUCCAUGUCAUGCUCUUUUCGAUUU